AACACUGAAGUGAGGUUAUGUUGGUUUAAAGCUCCGGAAACGGAAGGUUCCAGGAUGAAUAAGUGGAAAGUGAAUGAUUACAAGAAUCUGCAUGAAUCGGAAGAGCAUUGGAAGCUCAGAAAAGCCUUUAUGCAGCUCUACAAAGAGAGUAUUCCGGAAGAUGAACUGGUUUGUUUAGCACAAACAAUGAUAAACAUCGAAUUCCUGGGCUGCAGGUAUUCGAAGGAAGUAAUGCUUCGAAUUGAGGAACUGGCAGCAGAUCUCUUGAAAGAUUCAAGGAGCCAGCGGAAAGAUCGUCUCAAGAGGACUUUUGUAGGAGCUUCUGAUGCAGCAACUGCAAAAAUCAAAAGAUCCUCGCUAUCUGAUACCCUUAAGAGACCAGCAGAACCUGCCCCAGAAUCCUUAGAACCGGCCGUGAAGAAGAGAAUCUCUGAGGAACUUUUCUAUAUCAAUUAUGAACCUACGGAUUUCAUUUCAGACUUUGGAAAGAUCGUAAUUUAUGAUCCUUCCACGGCAGAUAUCGAGCAGUCUGCUACUACAAUUGUUCAGAUUAUAAAUGGGAAGUGCAAGGCGAUGGUAGAGGAGCAGCUGGAUGUAGUUAAAGAUACUUUCCGGGUGAGUAUCACAAUCAAUGGGCGAAUUGCUGGAACUGCAUUGGCUGCUACUAAGGUUCUGGCUAGGAAGGAAGCCUACGAUGCUGCUCUAUCUGAGCUCCGGAAGCACUACUACAUGCUCAAAGUCAAGAAUUCCUUCCUGGCCAGGGAUAAUCAGCAAAUAAGUAAAUUUGACGAAGAAUGCGACAAAAGGGCUGCAAAUUCAGAGAAAAUCGGAGAGAAUAACUUGGGAUUCAAGCUUCUAAAGUCCCUGGGAUGGAAGGGAGGUGGACUUGGGUCUAAGAACGACGGAAUUGUCAAUCCAGUUGAGCUCUCGGUGAACAUUGGACGUCAGGGAUUGGGAGCAACUACAAACACGGAUUACUACAGAAAUAUCCUCCGGAAGUACAAAAAUACGCCCACCCUGUACGACCUUGUCUUCACCAAUGAGUUUGCCAAUGAGGAGAGAGCAGUCCUGCACCAGCUCGCGAAGCGAUUGGACCUCAAAUCCAAGAGCUAUGGGAAAAAUGAGAACCGCCAUUUGGUAAUCAGCAAGAAAAUUACCAUCUUCGACAUCGCCGCUGAUAUGAUUGAGAAGAAGGAUCCAGUUUUAUGGGAAAAGUUUAUUCUUAUCCCUCCGGAAGGGCAGAAAUCAAAUAAAUGACCGUUAAAUUGAAACUUAA